AUGUGGUCUGAAUUUGCCAAAAAUGAGGUAUGUUCCUGUUAUCACGUUAGUGCAUCUUGGUUUCCUAACAUGGCGGUAUUUCAGAGUAGACAUUCAGCAACAGAAUGGAAAAACUACUUCCAUACAUAUGUUCGUCCGAUCUAUGAGUCAAAAUUGAAGAAAAAGCGGCAAGCAAUGCCCAGAUACAGCAGUAUAUCUGAUACCACAAAGGUAUCACGAGAAAAUACCAGCACGAUCGAUAGCAGACAGUUAGGUGGAACAGGCAGUGACAAACAGAUCCCUCAAGCGAAGAGAAGGCGUACCCUGCCUGACUGCUUCGUCUCCAGUGAUGUCAAUCCCACGGGUGCAGAUAGCAGGAAAGGCAGCAGCCUAGAACUAGAGUCCACCCUAUCCCACAGCUUCUCCAUAGGGUUCUCUAAAUCACCAGUUACUUUCAGGGAAGAGUCACAUAGGCAGCACAUGAACUCCAAGCAACAAGAAAUUUCCCCUCAAAGAGUUGUCCAAAAUCCAAGACAAAGCUCGCAUUUAGUUGCGCAGGCUACACAGAACAUCGCUGAACAAUAUUAUGUCGAAGAUGAAGCCGAAAAGGUUGCAGAAUGGAUUAGAUCUCGAGUAUCACGCAGCCAGGGCGUGUUAUCUGAAGAGCAAGUUAAAAUGGCUCUCCGCUGUACAUCGCUGGAUCGUAUUCUUGCUGAUGAAGUGCUCAAAUAUUUUCAAGCUGGGAAGGGUAUUCCCCUCGACAUGAAAGGGGUAUGGAGUGAAGAGGACGACGCUGCACUUCAAGGGGUAGAUCCCCGAGCCAUCGCGCGUAUUGAACAGAAGCAUGGCAGAGAAGAAUUUGAUGUUCGAUUUGAAUACCUGACGGAUUUGAGUGAAGCACUUUAUGGAGAACGGUACUGGACAGAUCAAGCAUACCAAGCAUACAACCUCACGAGAUAG